GCGGCCGGUGCCAGCGGCGCGGCGGCGCGGCAGGAUGUGAGCGGGGCGGCCGAGCGGCGGCCGGCGCGGCGGGGAGCGGGACGGCGGAGCGGCGCGGAGCGGCCAUGCCCUUCUGAGGAGCCGCGCAGGAUGUUCGGGCUGGAGCAGUUCGAGCCGCAGAGCAGCAGCCGGAGCGGCGGGCAGGCGGAGCGGGGCUUCGGCCAGCCCGGACUGAGCAUGAGCGCGCACUUCAAGGCGCCGGCCUUCCCCGGCGGCGGCCCGGCGGCGGCGGCGGUGGACCCGGCCCUCGGCGCGCUGGGCGAGCCGCCCCUCCUGGGCAUGAACAUGAGCCUGGCCGGGGACGCCUACGGCUUCCCGGGCCGCGGCCCCGCCGAGCUGCACGGCGGCGGCAUGCAGCCGCCGGUGCACGGCUUCUUCGGCGGGCAGCAGCCGCACGGUGGCCACGGCGGCGCCCACCACCCCCACCAGCACCCCCCGCACUUCGGCGGCAACUUCGGGCCCGACCCUGGCGCCUCCUGCGUGCACGGCGGCCGGCUCCUGGGCUACAGCGGUGCGCUGGGCGGGCAGACGGCGUUCGCCGACGGCUACGAGCACAUGGCCGAGAGCCAGGGCGGCGAGGGCUUCGGGCAGCAGCGCCCCGGGAACCUGCCCGACUUCCAGCACCACAGCGCCGGCGCCUCCAGCCACGCCGUGCCAGCACCCUGCCUGCCCCUUGACCAGUCCCCCAACCGCGCUGCCUCCUUCCACGGGCUGCCGGCGGCUGGCUCCUCUGAGCCCCACGGCCUGGAGCCGCGGCGGCUCCCCGCGCAGGGCGGCGUGGACUCGCUGGAAUACAAUUACCCCGGCGACGGCCCUGCUGGCCACUUCGAGCUGCCCGUCUUCUCCCCGUCGGAGCCUGAGGGGCAGCUGCCACACUAUGGCGGCGGGCGGCAGGUGCCGGCGGGCAGCGGCUUCGCGGGGGCGCCGGCCCUGGCCCGGGCGCCGGGCAUGGCCGUGGCCAAGGCGCACCCGCCGCAGCAGCACGGCGUCUUCUUCGAGCGCUUCGGGGGGGCGCGGAAGAUGUCCGCCAGCCUGGAGCCGGGGGCCAGCGCCAGGCACCCGCUGAUGCAGCAGCAGCAGCCGACGCAACCGCCGCAGCAGACGCCGGGCUUGCUGGCCAGACAGAACUCCUGCCCGCCAGCCAUCCCUAGGCAACAGCAAACAGAAGCCAACGCUCCCAACCCCAACCUGCAGGACAAUGGGCCCAUAAUGCAGAACCAGCAUGCACAGUUUGAAUACCCUAUUCACAGACUGGAGAACAGGAAUAUGCAUCCCUACACCGACCCCAUGUUUAAUAUGCAGCACCCUCCUCCGCAACAGCCACCAAAUCAAAGACUGCAGCACUUCGAUGCCCCCUACGUGAGCGUCGCCAAGAGGCCGCGGUUCGACUUCCCUGGCAACCCUGGCGUCGAGCGCUGCGCCUCCUGGGGCAGCGGCAUGCAUGGCCCCACCAUGGAGAGCCACCUCUCCCCGACGGCCUACCCCGGUCUGCCGGGUGAAUUCACCCCACCGGCGCCUGAGGCCUUCGGGGGGCCACUGCCACACGGUGGGCCCGAGCACCCGGCGCUGGCACAGCGCCAGAACGCAGCCCUGGUGAUGAAGCAGAUGGCCUCGCGCAGCCAGCAGCGCCUGCGGCCGCCCAGCCUGCAGCAGCUGGGGCACCACGGUGAGGUGGGCCCGCCUGGUGGCCUGCCCCCACCCGCCUUCGAGCGGGAGGCUGGUGGCAGUGGCCGUGGCUUCGACCCGCCGGCACCGCACCUGGCCCCUGACAGUGCCUGGUUCGCGGGCCCACCGCCGCCCGGGGAGCUGCUGCCGCGGCGCAUGGCGGCGCCGGGCCUGCCGGCCGAGGCGGCCUCCCAUGAGCUGGGCCUGCAACCGGGCGGUGCCGCCGUGCUCUUCCGGCCGGGCACCAGCGGGCUGGGGCUGCAGGAGCCACUGCGGAUGGCAGGCGAGGGGCCGGCGCAGGCCCUGCCCUCGCCUGGCGUCCACCCUCCCUUCACGCCCGCCAUGGGCAGCCUCUCUCAGCUGCAGUCGCCGGGCGGCGGCGUGGCACUGCCCAGUGCCCCCGCUGAGCGCCGUGGCCCCACUGACUUUGCUGCCCAGCCAGGCUUCCCCUUUGCGGCAGCAGCGCGGCAGCCGGUGGCCCACGGGGCCACGCCCGCCCUCAGCGCCUCACCAGGUGCCUACCCACCGCCCCCACCGGAGUUCCCCCCACCACCACCGCCGCGGCCUGCCGCCAGCAAGCUGGGUGCCCUCUCACUGGGCUCCUUCAGCAAGCCGGCCAGCAAGGAUAACGUCUUCGGGCAGAGCUGCCUGGCCGCCCUCUCCACUGCCUGCCAGAACAUGAUCGCCAGCCUGGGUGCUCCCAACCUCAACGUCACCUUCAACAAGAAGAGCCCGGCCGAGGCCAAGCGCAAGCUCAGCCAGGCUGAGCCCGACCCACCGCCGCCUGCUGCCCCAGACUACUUUCCGGCAGGGCCGCCGGCAGGCGGGGGCGGCACGGGCAAGGCAGCGGGCACUGCCCCACUGCUGCCCGCCGAGAGCAGCCUCUCACCUGGCUACACGCUGGAGCCGGCAGCCGGCGGAGAGGGGAAGGCGGGUGGUGGGCGGGGGCGGGGCCGCCGGAAACGGGACAGUGGGCACGUCAGCCCCGGCACCUUCUUCGAGAAGUUCUCGGCCACGGAAGGCGGCGGGGCCGGCGUCAGCCCGGGGCAGCCAGCGGUGCCGGUGGGGGGCCCACCAGGGGCCGUGGGCGCAGAGCGCGGCGGGGGCACCCCCCACGACAAGCCCCUCACCUCGCCCUCCUGGGGCAAGGGCGGCGAGCUGCUGCUGGGGGAGCAGCCCGACCUGAUGUCUUCCCUGGACAGUGGCAUCCAGAGCGUGACCAAGUCGGACGGUAGCUCCCCGCACGUGGACUUUCCUGACGAGGUCAGCACCAGCUACGGCAAUGAGGACGAGGUGUCCUCCAGCUCCGACAACGCCGCCUCCAAGCCCACCCGCAGCCCGCUGCUGGGUGGCUCACCCAAGCUGCCCCGCGCGGAGCACGCACUUCUCAACGGACAGAAGCCCCUGGCCCUUGGCCUCCUCAGUACGUCUACCUCGACCCCCGACAGCUACGGGCUCAGCACCACGGCGGGCACCCACCCCGGCACGCCGAGCAUGGAGCAGGUGCGGACCCCCACGAGCACCUCGGCCCAGGAUGAGAUCCACCCCCUGGAGAUCCUGCAAGCGCAGAUCCAGCUCCAGCGGCAGCAGUUCAGCAUCUCGGAAGACCAGCCCUUGGGGCUGAAGAGCAAGAAGGGGGAGUGCGCGGGGCAGAACGGGGACAGCGACCUGGGCAGCUGCUGCUCGGAGGGCGUCAAGGGCGCUAUGAGCACCAUCGACCUGGACUCCCUGAUGGCGGAGCACAACUCCACCUGGUACCUGCCUGGCGAGAAGGCCCUGAUGGAGGGGCAGGAGGAGGACAAGCCCAUGGCGCCCUGGGAGAAGCCCAAGCCCCCGAACCCAAGCAAAGAAGCCCACGACCUUCCCCCGAGCAAGACCUCCGCCACGGCGCAGACUGGCAGCCACCUGCAGUGCCUCUCGGUCCACUGCACGGACGACGUGGGCGAGGCGAAGGGCCGGACUGCGGUGCCGACGUGGAGGUCCCUGCACUCGGACAUCUCCAACAGAUUUGGGACUUUUGUGGCUGCCCUGACUUGAACAAAAGAAAUUAUUUUUUUUCUCUUUUUAAUUUCAAAGGGCCGCUACUGCUAGGUGGACUAUUUUUCUAGGUUGGUACCUGCUUAGUGGCAUAUGGACUGGAAAGGGUUAAUUUAAAGUAAACCUCAACUUUUUUUUAAUCUUCUGCCACAGUAUGUUACCAGUGUUAACCCUUCUGCAGUUAGCACACUUUUGCUUAAGAUUUUCCUGCUAGACCACUUUUCCCCAUUAUUCUGUAACCUUGGCAUACAUUUAUAGAUGAGGCCUUUUCCUUUUUCAUCUCCGCGUAUGUCCAAGUCACGUAUGUCAUAAUAAGACAAAGAUCCUCCUCCUCCUCCUUUUCUUCCUUAUUUGCUUUGUUUUUCCUUUUUUGUUUUGCUUUGUUCAGUGUUUAUUACAAUGGUGAUCCUGAAGAACAGCAGUUCAGGAAUAAACACCGGUUAAAGUGAAAUGGUCAUCAUUAUAUUAUAUAUUAUAUUGACACCCAGCUUUUGCCAGUCACAUACAAACCAAACACUUAAUGCUCUGUUGAAUAUUCAGGCAGAGCCUGCCCUUUCCUGAGAAAAUGAUGUUCUGUUACUAAUAACGUUCAGCCUCGUUUGCUCUCCACCUUCCCCUGCGAGGCGAGGACGCUUGUUCCUGUAUUUACCCUGGUAAAGCCCAGAGAUGGAGCUCUGUCAUGAACGGGCUGGUUCAGACACAGCUGGAGAAGGUAUAGAGAAGUUUUUCUGUGUAAGUCUAACAGGAAGUUUACUUAAUAAUUAAGAAUCAUUAUCUCCUUUGCUGAACACCCAGGCUCCCUCCCUGCUUGCGAGGAGGAGCGGGGGGUGCUCCCCAGGGUGGCUGUAGCCUCCUGGUCCUGGUGAUGCUACCACAGUUCCCACUUUAUCACAGCUGGAGAAAAAAAUCCCCCCGAGCUACUGCGCACCUCCCGCGUGCGUUGUCCCGCGGCACGGUGUCCCGGCACAGGAGCCAGCGCCCACAACAGGGCUGGGGCUGGGUCCAUCGCCAGCUGUUGCCGGUGUCCCCAAAGCCCUGCCAGGCGGCACUGCUGCACCCUGCCCAUUUUUCACCUAUUUUUAGCUGCAGGAAGACGCUGUCGAUUGGAAGCAGGGUCCAGCUCCCUGCGUGCUUGUCUGCGGAGCGCCCCAGCUCCCGCCAUGGCUGUCCUGGUGCAGUGGCAGCGGUCAGGGGACAGCCCAAGCAAGGGGAUGCGGGGGGCUGUAUGCCCAGGGUCAGUGUUUCCUAAUCUGCCAGGGCAGGGACACACCAUGUUAGACUCCCCCAAACUCAUUUGAGGCCCCAUUUUUGCCAUGCACUGAAGAACAGUGUUACUGGAUGCACACAAUAAAAGGAAAACCAUACUUUCCUGCUCGUGAUAGAUAAUACUCAUUCGAGAAGAAGGUUGGAAGCAAACCAGAUAAAAAACAUGACUGACACGAUGAUCCGACACUCCUGUGGUUUUACGUAAUGCUGUCCAUUAUUUGUGUAUCCUCUGUGUACAGGAGUGUGAGCUGUCCCACUCCACUCAGGCCAGCUUGCUUUCCUCUGCUCCCUGAAGCUUAAUAACAUCACUGGAGAUUUAGGUUUUAGCUGUGAUAUAAAGGUUGGCCUUUCUAGGGUUAUUUAUUACUUCUGUCAUGAAUUUGCAAAAUGUGUCUCUCCUCAAGGGACGGAGUUUGAAGACUGCUUUGUAUUUUAUCUUUGAUGAUUGUGCUGGGCCUUUAAUUAUUUUGAAGUAAUGUUCUUGGUAGACACCAAUGGAGAGGAAAUUCUGCCUAAAAUGCCAGUGGCACCGGGUGGUCUGAAAUCCUCACCCUCGGUCUUAUGUGGCUUCAGAGAGACUCACAGUGUUUGGAAAUGUUAGUUGAAUGUGCUCUUAUUAACCGUGCAUGGAUUGAUUUCCUCUUAUGGGUCUGGUCAGUGACUUGACUUUGGAUAAAUUUGGAUAGUUUUGAACCUUGAUUUUCAAUAUUAUUUUACUUUUUAUUGAAGCUGGAGCUGCCAUGAGGAUGAGGAUUUUUGCCCAUCCCGGAGCAAUUGGCUGUGGAGCUGCCUCACACCUGCUUGGUUUGGAACAAAAGGACGGGAUGUUUUGUACCUUCUGUAGGUGUGUGUGCUGCCAAAAGCUCGGAGCUCUCCCCUGUACCUGCAAUAAAACAUCACCAUCCCCAGUAAAGUAUCUCCUGGUAGAAUAAUAAUUGUCAGUCCCCCACUCCGGAAGAUGCCUCUUUCUUUGCCUGUCAUUUCUUAAGUCCCAGUUCACCCAAAUAUGUGUUUAACUUUAAAUCCUGUCUAGCAAAGCGCUUGGGGGCUGCUGAGCUGGGGGGGGGUUCUGUGCCUGCCAGAGCGGGGGUGAGAGCUGCCAUGGUGGGUUCUGUCCACUGCUCCCACCCUGACCUGGCAGCUCCUACCUGUUCCAGCUGGGUGGGUCUUGGAGUAACCCCCCAAAUCGCAUGCCUAGACAUUUCAGCACUUCCAGCUGAAAAUUUAGGAAGAGUUCAUGGUCUGGUGGCAUUCCUGUACCAGAGUGCAGCCCCAGUGGCUUACUUCUUUGUUUUUAGUUUUUCCUGCUGCAUUCAAGAGAACAGGUUUUUCAGGCUUCCUGAGGUCAGGGAUGCACACCCUGUGCUACCAGGAAGAGACCUUUCAGUGAAUGCUGCAUCAAACAUUUCAGAUCGCUUUUAAAGAGAAAUCCUCCUUUAAGUAGAAAUGUGGUGACUUGGUCUCACCCGCCUUUUUCUUCUGGUUUGCUCUCUGCAGCUUGUGCUUCUUUCCUGGAGUUGUUCUCAUCCACUUGAGACUUGCUUUUUCUCUUGCUCAUAGAAACACAAAAUGGAAGCAAUUCCUUAAAAACCAUUGGAAUCCUAACAGUUUUAAAUCCUAUGAAAUGAGGAGGACGGGCUAUACUGAAGGCAGGGGACAUGUCUUCAGCUGUCGAGCUGUACAGCAUGGAAGUGUGGGAGCUGUGGCACGGGGCUGCCACUGGGUCUGCUCCUGCAUGGCUGGCACCGCUGCACCCGUGAGGUGGAUGGAGUGGGAGGAUGGGAGUUUCAGACAGCGAGGAGCUAAAAACAGUAGUUGACUGUCUUCUGGGCCUUAUUGUCCAUUUUUCUGAAUAAUAUGGUCACAUGCAUUCCUUUUGCUAACCUCCUAUCCAUUUGAUCUUGCUUAAUUUAAGUGACAUUAUCACUUGAGCAAAAGGAGACAUUGUGAGUGCUACUCGGGGCAGCUGUUAGCAAUGCCAGGACCAACCUGGGCUUUUAUGUUUCUUUGCUUUUUGCCAAAAACCAGAACAGAAAUCGUACAUAUGACUGACCAGGACACGCAUCACUUCAUGCUCAUAACCUGGUGUAUUUAGUACUGACAGCAUAUGCAGAAGGAUAGAGCUUUGUCACAAAGCUUGUGUUGCCUGCAGUAAUUUCAUUGUACUUCUUUUCUCCAUUAAUUUGACACUGAAUGCACUGGGGUGGGUUUUUUUUAGCAUAUAUGAAAUAUCAGCAUAGCCCUACAUGGUAAGAAUUGAAAUGAUUUAAUUUUCUGAAUAAUAAUACUUCCAACUGAAGCAUGUUUGAGAGCUGUAGGUAAAAGCCUGUUGUGCAAGAGGUAAGUUGCACUUUUUUGUGGAGAGGGAAACAGGCACAGACAGUGUCAACCCGAGCUGGGUCAAAGGCACAUCGGUGGCAGAGCUGAGCUGUACCCGAGGUCUGACCUUUGCUUGCAGCCCUCGUUACUGAGCCGCAGGGCUUGAAGCUUGCUUCCUUCGGAGGAUGAGCCAGUGCAACAGGGUGAAAUUUUAUGAGCUACAUGUUCCCCAAAUGACUGGGUAAAGCCAGAAUAAUGUAAACUUGCACCUGCUUGUCCUACAGGGCUUCCAGACAGGGGGGACCAUGUACAAGAAGUCAAAGACCCACAGUAAAUGUGCCAUUGAGAUGUGCACAAUCUUUGCUUUGUACAGUGAACAACAGCUAAAAUGCAGCUUUGCAUUUGUUUUGGAGACUUCUCCCUGCCUUGCCCGGUGUUUUUGGUUCUCCCAUGCGGCCCCACGCCCAGGUCCUGGAUAAGGGGGAGCCUGGGCGUCACUGACCCAGCUCGCUGACUCCUUUGGUAUUUGUUAAAAGAAGCUCUGCACUUUUAGUCUGUAAGUCGAAAUGUACUAGCAAACUGAGCAAAAUCUCUCUUGCAUUUAAAUUGGGAGGAGUGAUAAAAUACCUCUUUGCCAAAAAAAGGAAGGAAUAGCCCUUAUUUAUUAAAUACUCUUGUGAAUUUUCUCCAGAUCACUUUUUCCUAGGGUCACUAGUUCUCUGCUAUUCUAGCUCGGUUGUUAGAGUAUCAGUGAGAGAGGGUUUAGACUCAUUUUCAUUUAGUUAUGGUGACUUUUCAUCAGAUAGGUAAGGAUUUCAUUGUGUGGUUAGGGUGGAAGGGAAUGAGCAUCAGAGUUAUGUCAUCUGGGUCAUUUAGGGAACUGUUUCAGAUACUGGAUGUCUACGUGGUCAUUCUGAGGCUGGCUGGCCUUCCCAAACCAGGAAUCGGUAUCAGGCUUCCAGGCACCAACAGUAAGGCAAAAUGUUCACACCUUUCCUAAGGAGGAAGGGGUAUGGUGAGCACAGGUCAGCAGAACGCGUCGGCUGCUGGGAGGAUGGGAGGAGGUGGGUAGGGGGGAAACGCAGACAGAAACAAAACUGGUAAAUUUUGAUUAUUUUUGUUAAGCUGCAGUGUAAGGUUUUCUCAACUACUAGAUUCACAGCUGUUCAAUGGAUGGUGUGUAAGAGCGUAACCCAUUUUUAUAGAAUUGUUUCUCCUUUAUUGCUUAAGGCUAAUGGAGGAAAUAGUCUAAUUUUGUCUUAGAAAUUCUCUAUUAAAAUUGUUGGUUUGAGUCCAUCCGCUCAUAGAUUCUGACUGAUGAAACUGCAGGCUGUGAUUUCCGGCAGUUAUAACUUUAUCACUAUUCACUACCCAAGAAUAUUACAGCUUUAAAACAGCCUUAAGCAAAAGGAUGUUAUUACUUUGUACUAAAUUUGGUUCAUGGAAAAGAAAAAAAACUCAAAACACUGGUAAUCCGUACUGCAUAGCAAAUUCUUCUGAAAAUGUUAUUGCACAUGUAAAAUAUGAAAACUUGACUCUGCUGUGUGUUAGGCAAUCCUGUAAUCUUUUUUCUUUUCUUUUUUUUUUUUUUUUUUUUUAUUCUUGUUAAAUUCAUUUCUUAAAUGCUUGGUUGGAAGACUGUGACAAUAGCUCAUGAAAUUGAGUGUUAUUUUUCUUUCUUUUUUUUAAAUAUGUAAAGUGCAGUCUUCUGUAUUCAUGCAUAUUGUACAUAUCUGUAUAUGUUUUACUGAGCAACUAAAUAACAAUAAAUAUGAUGUUAAUGGUGGCUAUUGUAUAUUUCGUACCAUGUUUGUUAAUUUUUGUAGUAAGUCCUUUUUCUGCUAAGAUGUAAAGAAGUGAAACGAUACUAUUCACAUACAGGUAAACCCUGGGCCUCGUGCUGACUGGUACAAAUUUUGCCCAUGAUCUGGGGAAACCGUCACUAACAACUGGCUUCCCUCGCUGAUAGGGCUGUCACGCCGAGCUGGAUGACUACAGGAAGGUGUGGGGAUGCAGUUUGUUCCUGGCACUCCUGGGCUUUGCAGAUUCCUCUCUGCCUGCAGUAAGGUGACCUUCUGCUCCGGCGCCUGGUGGUGCGGGUCCCUGGGAGCUCGUGGUGCAGCCCCGCAGCCAGAUACAGCCCCUGACUCCUGGUUCAGACGGUGACGGACACGGAGAUCGUGAAGGUUGGAACUAACUGGGGCGAUCAGAAACGUCUUUUUAGCUGAAGGCACUUCUCUGAUAGAACAGACAGCAAAUCCAUGAGGUUUGCUGAGCUACCCCGUCUGCAGUAAAUGGGGCUCGAUGAGGAAAGAUUAACCUCCCCAGGAGCAGCAGCUGAAUUUUGAGGAGGCUCCUCCCCAGGUUUGGGGGAUCCCUGGUACAAGAGGAGGUUCCUUCCGGCCUUGUAAGCUUGAGUGCUGGAUCUUCCACAGCACUUCUGGCAAGAUUUUUGAGCUGAAUUCUGUGAAUAAAAAGUAAACAGGCUAGAGCUCUUACCAAAAUUCUUAAAAAUCCCUUCACCUCUGUCAUUCAAAUUUCAAACUCUUAAUCCUUUCACAUUCCUGCGAGUUUUCCAAGGAGUCCUUCAAGAGAAAUGUCGUAUGGUAUUUUCCAAAGCAAAAAAAAAAACAAACAAUAGCCCAGGCAAUGUUCAAACAUGUCAUUUUUUAACUGAAGAAACAACCUUCCCUAUCUUUCAUAUUCACAGGCAACACAGAAGUGGUGCUCAGCCUCACGUGUUUGUCUCCAUGGGUUCAGCACGCACUGGGGUGCAGAAGGCUGUAGAACGCUUGCAGCACAGCACUGCGCCUUCUGGUGUGCAGCGUAGCAGGAUGGGCCACUGCGUCUCCUGCACAGCCAGUGUGCCCACAUCUCACCAGCAUUUCUGUAUGCUGAAUUAUGUAUCUAGUAACUCAUAGGUAAUGCAUCAAAACAUAAACAAAGUACCAUGACAUUGUAUUCCAUCUCUACGUUGUUUUGUAACAUUGAAAGCACAAAUGGAAAAAUGAAACUGUUUUGAGAGCUGUUUCAAGUCCGUUGAGGGUGAAAGCUUUGCUUAAUUUUCAAACCAUGCUUUUAAUAUUCUUGAAGGGAUGAAGCAAUGUAUGAAAGAGAAGUGUAAUCUCCUUUAAAGAUGUGAGCUCACCUCUCGUUGUGGUGACUGGGUAUAGAGGGAGCAGACAGAAAUUUGUUAACUUUGCCUGUAAAAAGCUGUUUUGUUUUGAAACAUUCUGGUUAAAUCUGGUAAUUAUGUGCUAGAUACUUUGUAACUCUACCUUUAAAAAUAAGUAACUUGCUUAAUUUUUUCUGUAUGCAACCCUUCUGAGAAGUAAAUCUAUUUUCACAGC